UUUCAGCCCGCCGCGUCGCGCCGUCCUCCUCCUUCCUUCCCUCCUCACUCCCUCCUUUCCUUCCUUCCUUCCGCCGGGCGCGAUGGAGCCGGGGCGCGGGGCGGCCGCGGCGCUGCUGGCGCUGCUGUGCGCGGGCUGUGCGCUGCGCUCCGGGCGCGCCCAGUACGAGCGCUACAGCUUCCGCAGCUUCCCGCGGGACGAGCUGAUGCCGCUCGAGUCGGCCUACCGGCACGCGCUGGACCAGUACAGCGGCGAGCACUGGGCGGAGAGCGUGGGCUACCUGGAGAUCAGCCUGCGGCUGCACCGCCUGCUGCGCGACAGUGAGGCCUUCUGCCACCGCAACUGCAGCGCGGCGCCCCAGCCCGAGCCCGCCGCCGGCCUCGCCCGCUACCCCGAGCUGCGCCUCUUCGGGGGCCUGCUGCGCCGCGCGCACUGCCUCAAGCGCUGCAAGCAGGGCCUGCCUGCCUUCCGCCAGUCGCAGCCCAGCCGCGAAGUGCUGGCCGACUUCCAGCGCCGAGAGCCCUACAAGUUCCUGCAGUUCGCCUACUUCAAGGCAAAUAAUCUUCCAAAAGCCAUUGCGGCUGCUCACACCUUUCUACUGAAGCAUCCUGAUGACGAAAUGAUGAAGAGAAACAUGGCAUAUUACAAGAGCUUGCCUGAUGCCGAGGACUACAUUAAGGACUUGGAAACCAAGUCAUACGAGAGCCUGUUCAUCCGAGCUGUUCGGGCGUACAAUGGCGAGAACUGGAGAACGUCCAUCACAGACAUGGAGCUGGCCCUUCCCGACUUCUUCAAAGCCUUUUAUGAGUGUCUUGCAGCCUGCGAGGGCUCCAGGGAGAUCAGGGACUUCAAGGAUUUCUAUCUUUCCAUAGCAGAUCAUUAUGUAGAAGUUCUGGAAUGCAAAAUACAGUGUGAAGAGAACCUCACCCCAGUUAUAGGAGGCUAUCCAGUGGAGAAAUUUGUGGCUACCAUGUAUCAUUAUUUGCAGUUUGCUUAUUAUAAGUUGAAUGACCUGAAGAACGCGGCCCCCUGUGCGGUCAGCUACCUGCUCUUUGACCACAACGACAAAGUCAUGCAGCAGAACCUGGUGUAUUAUCAGUACCACAAGGACAAGUGGGGCCUCACGGACGAGCAUUUCCAGCCCAGGCCAGAAGCAGUUCAGUUCUUUAACGUGACAACACUUCAGAAAGAGCUGUAUGACUUUGCUAAGGAAAAUAUAAUGGAUGAUGAUGAGGGAGAGGUUGUGGAAUAUGUGGAUGAUCUCUUGGAGCUGGAGGAGACCGGCUAGUCCAUGGGAGCCAAAGAAACUUCCCCUCGAUGUUCAGGAAAUACAGAUUCUUUGACUUCCUUUUUCCAAAAGCCCAAGUUGUUGAUACCUCAAAGCCUUCUCUUUACUCUGUGAAGUGAAAGGGAAGCCCCCGUCUCUC